AUGAGUGCCUGCGAAAAAGGGAGGCAGUGGCAAGUGGGUCUUCAGCUGUUCGAUGUUAUGCCGAAGGCCCACACGGCGCCAGACAUUAUCAGCUACAGUUCGGCGAUCAGCUGCUGCGAGAAGGGGAGCCAGUGGAACUUCGCCCUGGGUCUCUUCAACACCAUGUGCACUUCCAAACUCACUCCCGACGACAUUGUCUACAACGCGACCAUCAGCUCCUGUGAUAAG